AUGCUUAACUGGCCUCAGCGCUUAAACAUUAUCCAUGGUCUGGCUCGAGGUAUUCUUUAUUUACAUCAAGAUUCUCGCCUCCAAAUCAUCCAUAGGGAUCUCAAGCCAGGUAAUAUCUUACUGGAUCUGGAAAUGAAUCCAAAAAUAUCUGAUUUUGGUCUUGCUCGGAAGUUUGAUGGAAAUGAUGCCAUCGACGUGACAAAGAAGGUGGUUGGAACAUAUGGUUACAUUCCUCCCGAGUAUGCAGUACAUGGGCGUUUCUCGAUAAAGUCGGAUGUAUUUAGCUUUGGUGUAAUUGUUCUAGAGAUCGUGAGUGGGAAGAAAAACCGAGGGUUCUCUCAUGAAGCUCAUAGUGAAAACCUUCUUGGACAUGCAUAUAGACUCUAUAAAGAAAACAAGUCCAUUGAACUUAUGAGUCCAUCUUUACAAAAAUCAUGUGUUGUCUCUGAAGUACUACGAUCAAUACAUGUCGCAUUAUUGUGUGUGCAACAUCAUGCAGCGGACAGGCCAACUAUGUUAUCAGUUGUAUUGAUGCUGAUUAGUGAUGGUGAACUGCCUCUACCUAAACAACCAGCUUUUUUCUUGGAAGAAGGUCACCGUGAAGAUGAAUCAGUUUCAUCACUCCAAGAUUACAUGAUAACACUAUUGUAUGCUAGAUAGAAAGCAUAUGCCUAUAAGCCAAAUGUACAUAUAUAUUACAUGUUGUCUAAGUUUUUUCUGUAAAUCAGUUCACUUGACAGCUUUAUGUUUUCAAUCACUUUGUAGUAAUAUUUGGA